UUUAAAAAUGGAAGCUGCUUAUAACUAUCAAAAUCCUUCACCUGAGGCUAAGGCAAAUUUUAUAUCUAAAUUAUUUUUUUGUUGGUUGUGUCCUUUUCUGAGAUAUGGAUACAGAAACGAUGUGCAGAUGAAAGAUAUAUACGACACAUCUCAAGCAAAUAUGUCAGAGCCUCUGGGAGAUUUAUUAGAAAGAAACUGGAAUAUUGAAACAAAAAAUGCCAAAAGAAGGAGAAAAUCUCCAAGCCUGUUAAAAGUUAUCAUAAAGACUUUUGGGACAUCCUUUAUAAAAUUUGGUUUCCUUCUAAUUAUCUUAGUAGCAAUAAAGAGUCUCCAGCCUUGUCUUCUGGGAGAAUACAUCAAAUUUUUCAGGAAAGCCGAUGCCAAAAUAGAAUUAGGAUGGAUUUUGUGUCUUGGUAUUUUUCUCACAAACGUUUUGACUACUUUCAUAUUUACUCAUUACUCUACCUACGGUCAAAUAUACGGUUCUAGAAUUAAAGUAGCUUGUUCUUCUCUUCUCUACAGAAAAAUCCUGAAACUAAGCCUCACGUCUUUAAGCCAAACAGCUUCUGGCGAAAUAGUCAAUUUAUUGUCUAACGAUAUGCAAAGAAUUGACACAGCUGCCGUAUUCUUCCACUACAUUUACUGUGCUCCUUUGCAAGUCAUUCUGGUAGGCUAUGUAAUGUAUCAAAUGGUUGGAAUUUCUUGUUUUCCUGGGAUGUUGUUCAUUGUCAUAGAGGCCCUACCAAUUCAAGGGUAUUUAUCGAAAGUUCAAGGAAAACUAAGAUCUAGAGUUGCUCAACUGACUGGAAGAAGACUGACAGUUAUGAAUGAUAUCGUUUCUGGAAUUCAAGUAAUUAAAAUGUACGCCUGGGAAAAACCAUUCGAAAAAAUUGUGACCAUGAUAAGGAAGACUGAGCUUAACACGAUCACCAAAGGAUCCUACAUAAAAGGGCUUUCCGUGGCCAUCUUAGUUUUUACAGAAAGACUCUCUCUUUUCUUGGUCAUAAUGACUUACGUGCUGUUAGGAAACAAACUCACAGGAGAUGUGGUCUUUUCCACGGCCUUACUCCUCAAUGCCCUGGAAGUGUCACUUUGCUUCUACUUUCCCAUCGCAUUAGAAAGUCUUACACAAGCUAUAGUAUCCAUAAAGAGGCUACAAAAAUUUCUUUCAUUGGGCGAAAAAGCAUCAGACUUGAGUAAUAAUAAUACCACGAUUAUAAAUAAAGAGUUAGGGCAUAUAAAAGUAACAGAUCUAAGAGCUGGAUGGCUCCCAACCGUUUUAACACUGACUGAUGUGUGUCUAAAUAUAAGACCAGGAACCUUAUGUUGUGUUGUGGGUAAAGUCGGAUCUGGCAAAACCUCUCUUCUUCAUUUGCUGCUCAAGGAAAUGCCCGUUAGUGUCGGGAAAGUUGACGUAGCUGGGAAAAUUUCCUAUGCAUCUCAGGAUCCAUGGCUAUUUGUCGCCAGUGUAAGAAACAACAUCCUCUUUGGACAAAAGUUUCUACAGACCAAAUACAAAAGAAUAGUAAAGGCCUGUGCGCUGUAUAAGGAUUUUCAACAAUUCCCUUACAGAGAUCACACCAUGGUUGGUGAAAGAGGGGUGUCUUUGAGUGGAGGACAACGUGUUAGGAUAAAUCUAGCUAGAGCUGUGUACCUAGACGCCGAUAUCUACCUCCUAGAUGAUCCCCUGUCCGCUGUUGACACUCACGUGGCUAAGAAAUUGUUCGAGGAGUGCAUCAAGAACUACCUAAAGGACAAAACUAGAAUCCUAGUGACGCACCAGCUACAGUUCUUGAGGCAAGCGGAUAUCAUUUUGGUUCUGGAAGAUGGUAGAAUUUGUAAAACUUUGAAAAAUGACGAGAUAUUUGAGACCGCUUUGAAUCAAUUGAAUAAGGUAUUACCGGAACAAGGUGGUAAUGAUGAAGAAAAGGGUACCAAGACUAAAUUCCCAAAAAGGACAGAUUCUGUUCUCUCACAUGCGAGUACAAUAUACGAAGAAGAAAUAGAUCAACACGAAGAAAUAUCUAAAGACGUGUCUUUUUCCACAUACUUUAAGUAUUUGUCUUCAGGCAUGAAUAUUUGUCCCUUGGUAACUAUUUUAGUAAUUUUCGUAGUUGGCCAGAUCAUUUUGAAUGCCUCCGAUAUGUGGAUUACUUAUUGGACAAACAAAGAAGAACAGAGUCUUCAUUCUACAAUUCCCAGUAGCAACUCCACUGAAAACGACAUUUACCUCUUAACGAAUUUAACAAAUCUAACUCGUAUGGUGAAUAUCUCUACCCAUUACUACGAUACUGAAGUGAAAGAUGAUUCUUCACACGACAAUUACUUCUACCUAUGUGUUUACGCUGGACUUAUGAUCUGUUGCAUCAUUUUAAGCACCACUAGGCCGAUGCUUUUCUGCAUAAUUUGCCAGAGUGCCUCAAAAGCAUUGCACAAGAAAAUGCUGAAUAAUAUAUUGCACGCUCCUAUAAGGUUCUUUGAGACAAACCCGUCAGGUAGAAUUCUGAACAGAUUCUCUAAAGACCUAGGCUCUGUAGAUGAAGUACUGCCCGGGGCCUUCCUGUGGGCUUUACAGUCUUGGUUGGUAAUAUUUGGAAGUCUUAUUAUGGUAUGCGUCAUUGUUCCAUGGAUGUUGAUUCCUCUUUUGGUGGCAAUAGUUGUCAUGUACUUUAUUCUGGUAAUUUUUUUGCCAACUCUCUUGCAAAUAGUCAAGUUGGAAGCCAACAAUCGCUCGCCAAUUUUUUCUCAAAUAACAGCCACCAUGAACGGAUUGCCGACCAUAAGAUCAACCGGAGCCGAAUCUAUGCUAAAGAAAUAUUUUGAUUUCCUUCAAGAUGCUCAUACCAGUACGUGGCACAUGGUGAUCUUAUACAAUAAGGUGUUUGGUUUCUACGUAGACAAUUUAUGUCAGGUGUUCUUGGUGAUAGUGACCUUGAAGUUUCUGGUCCUUCGAAGUGGACCUACCUAUGGUGGAGACAUCGGACUGGUCAUAACCCACUCCUCCAUCUUAGGAGGUCUGCUGCAGUAUGGAAUCGCCAUGACCAUGGACGUCAUCAACACCAUGGUGUGCGUGGAAAGAGUUCUGCAAUACAUAAAUAUUAAAAAAGAGACUGUUGAUGAGGUUGCCAAUAGAGAUAGAUUGAUGAAACAGUGGCCACAUUCUGGGAAGGUCACUUUCAACGACGUUUUUCUUACGUAUGUACCAGAAGAGCCAGCCGUCCUGAAGAAUUUGAACCUUUGCAUAAGACCUGGGGAAAAGAUCGGUAUAGUAGGUAGAACAGGAGCAGGAAAAUCAAGUCUCAUCACCUGUCUAUUUAGAUUAGCCCCCAUAGAAGGUUCUAUCGCUAUAGAUGACAUAGAUACUGCUAUCGUCGAUUUGAACACUCUGCGAUCUAAAAUAUCUAUCAUACCUCAGGAGCCAGUGCUGUUCUCUGAAUCUCUGCGGUAUAAUAUCGACCCUUUGGGUACAGCCAGCGAUGAAGCUUUGUGGAAAGUGCUGGAAAAUGUAAAGCUAAAGGAUUCCGUAGACAGUUUGGACCAAAAAGUAAGCAAUGGAGGAUCGAAUUUCAGCGCUGGACAAAAACAACUAAUUUGUCUUGCAAGAGCUAUCCUUAGAAACAACAAAAUAUUAGUCAUGGAUGAAGCUACAGCAAAUGUUGACCAAAAUACUGAUGCACUGAUCCAAAAAACCAUCCGAGAAAAUUUCAGUAAUUGUACUGUCCUGACCAUCGCGCACAGACUCAAUACCAUCAUGGACUAUGACAGGGUGCUGGUGAUGAGCUCGGGCCAGGCCGUCGAGUUCGCCCAUCCCCACGAACUGCUGCAGAAAUCCAGCGGGUACUUCUUGCAAAUGGUGCAGGAAACUGGUAAGGCGGUAGAGGAGUCACUGAGGAAGAUAGCCAAGAAGGACUUCGAAAAUAAAUUUUUUGAUUGAUUUUUAAACUGCUCACGAUGAUUCAUUAAAAAGUUU